CUCCCCAUCCCUGGCUGUUGUGGAUGUGCACGGGCGCAGCAGGACGAACGGACGAACGUCGCGAGCUUUUAUGCGUUAAAAAAGAAACAAAAACUGAAGACCCUCAAUUUUCAUUCUCGUAAUCAUCUUCUUCGUCUUCAUCCUCAUUAUCAUAAUGCUCACUACAGCGAUGAUUUUAAAAUAACAGCGUUUUAAGAAGAAAGGAGAUUAAAGCUCUUUGAUACCCCGACGUUUCGCGUUGUGCUACCAUAAGGGCGAUUGAGACGCACGAGAUAACAUAUUUCCUCCUCUUGAAUCGCUCUGAUUGCACCGGGGACGGAGUAUACACGACUGAUUAAACCUGCGGAUUAACACAUAACCGUUAUUACAGCAUGGCGUGGCCGUGUAUCACCCGCGCGUGCUGCAUGGCCCGGUUCUGGUCGCAGUUGGACAAGGCCGACAUCUCAGUGCCUUUGGUUUUUACGAGCUAUUCGGACGCGUGCGACGCGGUCCAGUUGCGUGCUCAACCCGGAGUAAGCGGGGUCGCCAUAGAAACGCAGCCUGGCGGCGUUGGGAGCGCGCAGGAGGUCGUCCCUAAAGGCCCGGGCGCGCCCACGACGACCACGUCCACCGAGAGCGCGCAGGGCUCCGUGAUGCGCCAGGACUACAAAGCUUGGAAAGUGCGACGCGAGCCCAGCUGCAAGCCCAAGCGCGAGUACCAUGAACCGGAAGUGCCCUUGGCCACCGAGACGCAGUACCAGAAGGACUUUAAGCCGUGGCCGAUCCCGCGCAGGGAUCACCCGUGGAUCCCCAAAGCCAGCCGCGCGGAGCAGGAGGGCGGUGUGGAGAAGGGUCAGAUCGCCGACAGAGUACAGGAGAAGGAGAUCCUGAAGCGGAGGCAGGCCAAGAAAAUAGAAGACCAGACCGACAAGGGGUCUGAGGUCAAGCACGAGCACCAGAAACUCGCAGGACGAGCGGCCGCGGACGCGCUCAAUAGGCAGAUCAAAGACGAGGUCGGCGCCGGAAGUUCCUACAGGACGGAGUUUAAAGCGUACACGGACGUGAAACCGGCGAAACUCAUCCGCGCCAAAUCUCAGUACCAGCCCCCUGACGAGAAGACCGACCUGGAGACAAGCUACAGCGCCACCUACAGGGGAGAGCAGGCCAAGCUGCAGCAGGCUGAUAACACGGCGCAGGAGAGGAGGAGAGUGCGCACGCUCUACAGCGAGCCCUACAUCGAGCCCACUAAAGCGGACAGAUCAAGUGUCCCGCGCUCCAAGCCGAAAAAGACGGCGUCCUCUUCAUCCUCUCACGGUAAAGUGGUGAAGAAGUCGAAGGAGAAGCAGACGGGGUCGGGACGCGGCUCCAAGAAGAAGAGCUCUGAGAACCAGCGGCCGAGCCACAAGGAGAAAAGUAAAGAGAUGAACAACAAACUGGCUGAGGCGAAAGAGCUGGUGCUGAAACAGCAGCACUACAUUCAGCUCUGUCAGCCAAUCAGAGAUUUCGGUUGGGUGCAGACGCUAAAGCAACACCUGUGGCGCUGCGCUCUACCUGACCCAAGUGAAUCAGACUCUGCAGUUGGUCGAGUCAGCGAUUUUUAUUCCUCUGGAACGUCUGGAGGAGAGCAGGAGCCACAGGAAACUCGCAGCAAGGCUGUAGUGCGCUUCGCCCCUGACGUUAAAUAUUAAGACAACAGCAGACAGUCAGACAGACAGACAGACAGACAGAUAUGUAACGUUCACUACUUAGCAAAGUUUAAAUUUUAUGGCAAUAUAUCUAUAAUGUUUAUUUUUAAAAGCUGUCCGAUUUCUUUUGAUGAUCAGUAUGAACACUCCAGUUGAAAUAAACCACACACACACACACACACUCAUCCCCUGCUUCCAGCCCACACACACUCUUGUAUCCCCCUGACAUUACACAGGUUGCUGCAGGUUGAGAUGAAGCACAUGCUGUAUGGAUAUUAAAGUACUGUAUGUAUAUAUUCUAAUCCUAAAGAGCACUUCCAGAGCUUCCUUACUGUAAAAUUAUCGAGAUUAUUUUCUGCACAGACUGUUUGCUAAGUUUAAAAUGGUGCUAAGAGUUAGUUUUUAGUACACACUGUCCACGCGAGAGAGAGAGAGAGAGAGAGAGAGAGAGAGAGAGAGCGACACCAUCAACACCAUGAAGUGCUUCCUUAAUGUACAUCAUCACUGUAUAAAAGUCAGCAUCUGAAUAAACACGCUGAAAUGAGCCAGUUAUCUC